CUGAGAUACGAAACAUAACUUCUGGAAAACUCUCGCGGUCAACUUUCUCCAUCGAUUUGAAUCCCGAUUUAAACCCGUUCUCACGGCAGUAGUGACCUUAUCUCGCCAGUUUACUCCGCCGGUGAGCUCAAAGUAAUGUGUUCUCUGUCGAAUUCGGUUGCUAUCCAUGGGUUUUACGGGCGCCCAGUUGAGAGUUUGUGUUUGGCGAUGGUGGAUUGCGUAGUUGGCGAAGAAAGAUUGAAUUUUGGGAGGAGUUUUUCGAUUUGUUGUAUAGGGUUUAUGCGGACAACGGGAUGUUCGAAGUGAGUUUGAGGAUCUUCGAUUACAUUUCUGGGAAAGGGUUGAGUAUCGGCGAGAUAUUUCUCUGUUGUGUAUAAAGUGGCUUAGUGGCGUAUAAUGGCAUUUUGGUUGAUGCAGAGAGAGGAAUACAAUCAGACAUUCUUGUGUAUACUUCUCUAUAAGUUAGAAUUGCAAAAAAGUGGAACAUUCAAAGAGCAGUUUUUUGUUGUUCGUUGAAUUGAUAGAGAAGAGUCUUUCACCGAGUAGCCACUCUCACAGUGUGCUCAUGGACGGGGUGUUUAAGGUUUUCAAGCCGAUGUUUUUACUUAUAAUUUUUAACACGAUUGCUAGCUAGCCUUUUAAGUAAAUCGAAACAAUAUGAUGAUGCAAAGCAAUGGUUGUUCUGAUAGAGGCGUGAGGCCUUAAACGGAAGGUAAAGGAAGCUCGGAAACUAAAUUUGACAUGGAAGCCAAAGGGAUGGUCCCGAAUUCAUAUACUCACACGUCGCUCAUAUUCAGAGAAUUCAUUUCUGGUAAAUCUGGAUGAAGCAGCAAGGCCCUUUGACGAAAUGGGUUUAAAGGGUACCGUGAUGAUCUCGGGUUUGUCCUUGGCUCGGAAUAAAAGUAAUAGAUACUCGUCACACUAAAAUCUGUAUGAGCUCAUUGGUCGUCCUGUUGAGGAGAUAUAUAGUUGAUAAUGAUUCAGAACCGUUGUUUUGAGACUGUGGACAAUUUGCUGUCCAUGUGAAUCAAUCAAUGUCCAUUGAUCUCGCCUUGGUAAGAAAGUAAAGUUGGUCUCUUUCCUUCAACCUCUGGUUGAAAGUCAAAAGAGCUUCUCUACAAGAAAGUGGAAAUUAUCCAAUCUGCUCCCAUCGUCAACCUUGAUCUCCAAGGCUGUGAAAUCGUAUUAUAAUCCCAAAUUUUUUGUUUAUUCUUUAUAUAAAAAACCUUAUCUUUUGAAAAUUUGUUUUACUCCACCGAAAAGGAUAGAUGAUGUAUAAAUAGCGGCGCGAAGAGGACCGAAAACAACAAAAGAAAAUGAGUUUUCUUGCAGGGAGACUCGCGGGAAAAGAAGCUGCCUACUUUUUCCAGGAAUCCAAGCACGCUGUUAAUCGUAUCGCAGAGAAAUCUCCGGCCACCGCCAAGAAGCUUCCAUCUUCUCCGGCGGAUCCACCGGAUAUUCAACCCGACGUUCUUCCGGAGAUUCUACGCCAUUCUCUUCCUCCUAGAAUCUAUGGUCCUCCUCCUGACCCUUCCUCCCUUUCCCAAUUCUCUAAAUGGGCUCUUGAAUCCGACCCGAACGCAGCCGUUUCUAUUUCGCCUGACGUCUUGAAUCCUCUCAGAGGUUAUGUGUCUCUGCCUCAGGUCACGUUCGGCCGCAGAAGAUGGGAGCUGCCGGAUUCUGAGAAUUCGGUUUUGGCGUCAACAGCUAAUGAAUUGAGGAGAGACAGAUACGACACUCCUUUAAAUCCUGAAAAACUGAAAGCUGCUGGUGAAGGGCUUCAACAUAUUGGAAAAGCAUUUGCAGCCGCUACUGUUAUCAUCUUUGGCUCAGCCACUUUGGUUUUGGGAACAGCAGCCUCGAAACUUGACAUGCGUAAUGCUGAUGACGUAAGAACGAAAGGCAAAGAUCUUUUUCAGCCAAAACUGGAGUCAAUGAAAGAACAAGUACAGCCCCUAAGAACUUGGGCGGAAAACAUGUCGAAGAAGUGGCAUAUUGAGAAUAACGAUGGUAGUAUCAAGGAGAAACCAAUCUUGAAGGAGCUUUCAAGAAUUUUGGGACCCAAAUCUUAAAAAGGCUGAAACUUUGGAUAAACGUGUUAUUAUAUCAAUAGAGAAAAUACAAACAAGAGUCUAUAUGUAUGUCAGAUAUAAGAUCUUAGGUAAAAAUAUCACAUUUUGCUGUAAGACUGUAUCAAGUUUCAAUGUUGCUUGUAAAAUUUAUUGUAUUGAGUGAUUAAUGAAGUUUUGUAUAAAUAAA